UGGAGCGCCCGCUCGGGACCCUGCAGCCUCCGCAGCCCGCAGCACACGCGCGGCGGUUACCGUGAGAGGCACCGCGCCCCGGCAGCCCCGGCGCGGCAGCGGGUAGGAGGACCGCUGACCUGUUGAAAGAGCCGGGCUCGUCCCGCUUCUCCGUGUCUUUUUCCCUUUAUUUUGUGUUUUUCCUCCUUGUCGACGGGGGAAGUUUGCUCCCCAGCCUGUGGCUCGGCUUCCUCCACACCCUUUCCUCCUCCUCUUCCUCCGGUUUUCCAGGAUCCGCUCUCUGGAGCUGGGAGCGAUUCCCUUCGUAACCCCCCGCCCGGCCCAGCCGCCCCGGGCGCUGGAGCCGGGGGUGCCCACUCAGGAGAGGCCGGCGGGCUCCGCGCUCGCCCUUUCCCCCGAGCGCCGCGGCGGUGGGGCGGCUCCAGAGGGGCUGUAGCCCCGGUCGGCGGGUGCCCCCUCCGCGGGUGCCACCAUGUCCAAAGUGGCGUCGGAAAGUUGCGGAGCGGCGCCGGCCGAGGACUUGUCCAAGGUGUCGGACGAGGAACUGCUCAAGUGGAGCAAGGAGGAGCUGAUCCGCAGCCUCCGCCGAGCCGAAGCCGAGAAGAUGAGCGCGAUGCUGGACCACAGCAACCUCAUCCGCGAGGUGAACCGCCGCCUCCAGCUCCACCUCGGCGAGAUCCGCGGCUUGAAGGAUAUCAACCAGAAGCUACAAGAAGAUAACCAAGAACUGCGAGACCUUUGCUGCUUUCUGGAUGAUGACAGGCAGAAGGGCAAGAAGGUGUCCCGAGAAUGGCAGAGACUGGGCAGGUACAGCGCUAGUAUUAUGCACAAAGAGGUUGCCUUAUACUUACAGAAGCUGAAAGAACUGGAAGUGAGACAAGAAGAAGUGGUUAAGGAGAACCUGGAGCUGAAGGAAUUGUGUGUGUUGCUGGAUGAGGAGAAGGGUGGUGGAGCAGGCAGUCGGAGCUCCAUCGACAGCCAGAUCAGCCUGUGCCAGUUAACUGCAACAAGUGCUUACAUCAGAGAUGUUGGUGAUGGCAGUAGUACGUCUAGCACAGGAAGCACAGAUAGUCCAGACCAUCAUAAACAUCAUCCAAGUACUAGUCCAGAGCAUCUCCAGAAAACUCGGGGUGAAGGAAGCCCUGAGCAUCAGAAACACCGCAGCAUAAGCCCAGAGCACCUGCAGAAGCCAAGGAGCUCUGGCAGUCCUGACCAUCACCUGAAAGGACCGAGUCCAGAGCAUCACAAAACCAUUGUCAAAGCACCUGAACAACAAAAGCACAGCAGCAGCAGCCCAGAAACUAUCCCAAAGCAUGUUUUGAGUAGUAGCCCUGAACACUUUCAAAAGCAGAGGCCGGGUAGUAGUCCUGAGCAUCAAAAGCACAGCAGUGGCAGCCCAGAUCAUCUUCAAAAGCACACGCUGAGUGGAAGUACAGAACAUCUCCACAAAGUGAGGGGUACGAGCCCUGAGCAUCUCAAACAACACUAUGGAGGGAGUCCAGAGCAUCUCAAACAUCUCAGUGGAGGCAGCAGAGAAGGUACCCUCAGGAGACAAGUAACAGAUGACCUGUCACCUCACCACAGGAGUAUAUACAAUGGAAUGAAUGGUUAUUGCAAUAUCGUGAAGUCCAUACAGAAACCAUGAAAGCAACAAUGUGCUUUUUCCUAACCAGCUCUCCAACUACCUAGCCCAAAGGCUCUGCAGUCUUGACUAAACAGCAGAAGAUACCAGAAUCUGUCUCCUCCAGGUAGAGGUGCUGAGAACUUCUUGAUUUGCUCCUUGUUAUUGGAACUUGCCACCCGGUCUACUACAAUGCAGUCAGUGAUGCUGGAUGCUACAUUUUGAUCACUUGCAACCAUAGCAUGUGCUGCAAGUAUUCUGGAGAACUAAAGCAUCCUGAGCAUAUAAAAAUAAAUCCUAAUUUCAGCAUUAAGGCCCUGGUAUUUGUGUAUUUUACCUGCUCUGUGAAUGUAAGAAAACGGAAAGAUCUCGUAACCUUUUAGAAUGUAUUGAAAAUUUGUAUCCAGACUGAUAAAAAGGAGUUUCUGGAUUGUGUGACAGCAUGGAAGGGACUGAUCAGACUCUCUUGGAAGCUUGGAUCUCAGGGUUUUAUCCUCUUAAGUCACUCCAUCAACCUUUUCUUUGUCAAGAAUGUGUUGGAUAGGUGCUAACUCCUUGUAUUGAUCACACUACUGCAAGUACAUCCAGUUGUUGACCAGUGGGAUACUGAAAAGGGGAAGCUCAGAAAGAGACAUAGCACAGAAGGACUUGCUUGAGCCUCUUUUGUGAUAACUCUGCAACAAUCCAGAUUAAGCCAAGUGGUUCGUACUUAAAAGACAAGUCAACGCUUAUCAACCUAUACCUGAAAAUGGGUACUUUGGCAGUCAGAUUUCUGGGCAAUAUUUUCAACUCCAUCUCUGUUGCAUGAUGGUGUUUUAUUUCUUUAACAAAGCCAACAGUAUUGGUCCUGAUAUCAGGUUGGAAAAUGGAUAUUUGAGGAUUAGUGAAGACUGUUUGAAUGAGAAACCCUUUCUGUUGGCUUUGAGAUCAAAAUAGCUGUUGGCUUUAUCAACAUGGAAGGAUCUAUACCUUAAACGUAACAAACCUUGGCUCUGCUUUGUGUUUGGUGGAGGUGCACUUGACAGUUGUAUUUCUCAAUAAAUUGAUGUUGGGUGUUA